UGGUGGAGCUAAUGCUCCCUGGAGCUCCUGGUGCAAGGCAGAGAUGGCGACUGCGAUCCGGCUGCUGGGGCGACGGGUGUCCAGUUGGAAGCUGCGGCCGUCGCCCCUCGCUGUCCCGCAGCGAGCUCACUCGAUGUUGCCUGUGGACGAUGCAAUCAACGGGCUAAAUGAGGAACAGAAGCAGCUUCGUCAGACUAUAUCGAAGUUCCUUCAUGAGAACCUGACCCCCAAGGCCCAAGAGAUUGAUCAGAGCAACGAGUUCAAGGACCUGAGAGAGUUCUGGAAGCAGCUGGGGAGCCUGGGAGUCCUGGGCAUCACAGCCCCUGUUCAGUAUGGCGGCUCUGGCCUGGGCUACCUAGAACAUGUGUUGGUGAUGGAAGAGAUAUCGCGGGCUUCUGGAGCAGUGGGCCUCAGCUACGGUGCCCACUCCAACCUCUGCGUCAACCAGAUUGUCCGCAAUGGGAAUGAGGCACAGAAAGAGAAAUACCUUCCCAAGCUGAUCAGCGGUGAGUUCAUCGGAGCCCUGGCCAUGAGUGAACCCAAUGCUGGCUCUGAUGUUGUCUCCAUGAGGCUUAAAGCAGAAAAGAAAGGAGACCACUACAUUCUGAAUGGCAACAAGUUCUGGAUCACCAAUGGCCCCGAUGCCGACGUCCUUGUUGUCUAUGCCAAGACAGAUCUGAAUGCCGUGCCAGCUUCUCGGGGCAUCACAGCCUUCAUUGUGGAGAAGGGUAUGCCUGGUUUUAGCACCUCCAAGAAGCUUGACAAGCUGGGUAUGAGGGGUUCCAACACCUGUGAGCUGAUCUUUGAAGACUGCAAAGUGCCUGCUGCCAACAUCCUGAGCCAAGAGAGUAAGGGUGUCUACGUGCUGAUGAGCGGGCUGGACCUCGAACGCCUGGUGCUGGCAGGUGGACCCCUUGGGAUCAUGCAGGCUGUCCUGGACCACACCAUUCCCUAUUUGCAUGUAAGGGAAGCCUUUGGCCAGAAAAUCGGCCAGUUCCAGCUGAUGCAGGGAAAGAUGGCUGACAUGUACACUCGCCUCAUGGCAUGUCGACAGUAUGUCUACAAUGUCGCCAAAGCCUGUGAUGAAGGCCACAUCAUUGCCAAGGACUGUGCCGGCGUGAUUCUGUAUGCAGCCGAGUGUGCCACACAAGUAGCCCUGGACGGCAUUCAGUGUUUAGGUGGAAAUGGCUACAUCAAUGACUUCCCCAUGGGCCGCUUCCUUCGAGAUGCCAAACUGUAUGAGAUUGGAGCCGGGACCAGUGAAGUGAGGCGGCUGAUCAUCGGCCGAGCGUUCAACGCAGACUUCCGCUAGCCCCAUGGCCUGGCAGCCCUGGUCCUAGCACCCAGGCCUUUCUUUGAAAGCAGAGGCAUGGCAGCCCUUGCCCCUGUCCAAGGGAGCUCUGCGGCUCAGCUGUCCUUCACACCAGCUCUCUGCCCAUGGGAGGUCGGAUUCUCCGGCCCUGGCAGCCAGUCAGUCGGGAAAGCUUAAGACGGACUGCAAAAGGACUUUGGUUUUUCUAGGGCUUGUAGGGGGGGCCUCCGUGACAGUGCCCUCACUCUCCACUUCUGGAUUUGAUGUUCUCCCUCUCUGGGAUGGCACCUUUUAGUAGGUAUCCGACUCCUUUUCUUGGGCAAGCCUCUGGCAGGGAGCCCUUUCCACCUGAGUGGAAGCAUCGGCUGCUUUCAGUUUUUUUAACGGUCUCUUUUCUUGAGGAAAAGGCAACAACCUUGUCCUUGUUCGCUGUUAUCCUAAGGUCUAAACAGCUCCACAACAUCUGUGGCAGACCAAAGGAAGGACGGAGUCCUGGUCUAACCACGACAGCACGGAAGAUUGGCUCUCGCUGGCCUCCCUGGUGUACCUGAAUCUGACGGCAUCGCUCUGUCACAGGCUGGCACUGGGCCUGCUCAUGUGACCUCCUGCAGCUGACUGGGCAGCAGGCACAGGCCCUGUGGCCAGCCUGGGUUGCCUGGCUCAACUCCAGUCCCUCCUGCCUGUGCACAUUUCUCUAGACACCCUGUGGCUAAUUUUGUUACCGCCGCACAGCGGCUGCUGCCAUUUUGUAUUAAACAUACUGCGAAUCGAA